AUGCCUCGUCCAAACUUCUACAACGAUGCACACAUCACGUUCGAAGAGUACCACUACUGGGCCAACAGCACCCGAGAGCUUGAGAAUAGCACGCCAACAGAACGAGGGUGGCUAUCUGGUCUUCUCAAAAGAAAAGACAAAAAGAGUAACGAACAGCCAAGUUCUGUUCCGUCUGAAGGUGCCAACGAGAAAAGCUCCGAAAAGCCACCUGAUGCUGUUCCUGAUGGUGCAUCCGCGAUUACCGACGCUGAAUGGAACAACGCUCGAGGCGCCAUGCGCACGGCGACAUGGGGCUCAAUUUUCUACCUCAUCACGACCGACAUUUUAGGUCCCUACAAUGUCCCAUGGGCGAUCAGCCGUAUGGGCUACGGUCCCGGCUUCGCGCUCUACACCGUCUUUGGCGGCCUUGCCCUGUAUUCGAGCCUUCAGCUCUGGCAAAUGUUCAUUGGACUGGACUCGACUCGCUACCCGCUUCGUAAUUACGGUGAUCUCGCGUUCCGCAUCUAUGGUAAUUGGGCUCGGUAUCUGUUCAACAUUCUACAGAUGUUUCAAUUCUUCCUUAUGGUUGCUCUGAUCACAGAGAGCAAUGGGCAGGGAUUGGCACAGAUGGCAGCUGGGAAAAGCGGAGCCGGAGUUCUCUGCUUUGUGGCAGCAGAGGGCAUAACUGCUAUCAUCGGACUCCUUCUGGGCCAGAUCCGUACACUCCAGCGACUAGGCUGGCUCGCCAACGUCGCUGUCUGGCUCAACGUCGUCGUGAUGAUCAUGACUAUGAUUGUGGUUCACAAAUACCCUCCUAAUUACGAGGCUGCUGAGAUCGCGAAUAAUGUCAAGGAAGGCCCCAUUGUGACUUCUGCCAAUUGGCCCGAAGGCCUCGGGCUUAGCGACUACAUGGGCGGCGUUAUGAAUUGCGUCUACGCAUAUGGCGGUGCGGUUCUCUUCAAUGAGCUGAUGGCGGAGAUGCGAAAGCCUAUGGACUUCUGGAAGAGCUUGAUCUGCGCAGAAGCAUUCAUCUACGCCGUCUACAUCACCAUGGGAAUGGUUGUGUACAGUGCUCAAGGGCAGUUCACCUACCCGCUGGCUUACCAAGGCAUCCCAUCUAGCGCAUACUCCUGGCAAACAUUUGGAAACGCUGUUUCUUAUGUCUCUGCACUUAUAGCAAUGGCGCUCUACGGGAACAUCGGAAUCAAAGUCAUCUAUGCCUCUGUAUUACAAGACAUUUUAAACUUCCCACCGCUGGACAAGAAGAUGGGCAAGAUUCUUUGGGUGAUUAUUGUCCCAAUAUACUGGGGGCUUGCAUUUGUCGUAGCUGCUGCAGUGCCACAGAUCGCUAAUCUGGUCGCUCUUGUCGGUGCCUUAUGCAUCAUGCAGUUUCAAUACACAUUCCCACCGCUUCUCAAAGUCGCCUACAACGUUCAAAAAGACGCCAUGCUACCUGAGGAGACGUUCGACCCCGCUACAGGUGAGCUUCAGCGUGCGGACUUUGGCGUGAAGCGUUGGACUCGAGGGUACAUGAAGAAGCCCAUCUGGAAUACCUUCGAUGUCCUUUUCGGAUUGGCUGCUCUGGCCACGGCAGGUCUGGGCAUUUGGGCAGCGGCUAUCAAUAUGAAAGUUCAGUUUCAGACUUCUGGCAUCACGCCCUUUACUUGCCAGAAUCCGGCUGGUUAG